GAUCUGGCAACCCUGGUCUCAAAGCACAUAGCAAUGGCCGAUAACUCAUGGCUGACUGGAGCUCCGCUGGGGAUAGCAAUAGCCGUAAUAUCAAGCUUUAUUAAUGGCUCGACAUUUGUCCUGCAGAAAAAGGGAAUACUGCGGUCUCGUGACAAAGGGUGUUCGUACCUUACAGAUGUGGUGUGGUGCAGUGGAACGCUGUGCAUGAUCAUUGGUCAAGUUGGGAAUUUCCUGGCGUAUAACCUGGCCCCUGCUGUGAUUGUUACACCAUUAGGGGCCCUUGGAGUACUGUUUGGAGCAGUCCUGGCUUCUUGGAUCCUGGAGGAGCGUUUAAACGUCCUGGGGAAACUCGGCUGCAUCAUCUGUUGCUGCGGCUCCGUCGUGCUCAUCACUCAUGCCCCUAAAGCGGUGGCAACGUCAAGGCAGGAGCUUGAAGACGGACUGUCAGAUCCAGUGUUUGUAACCUACAUCCUGCUCGUGGUGCUGGCCCUGGUCACCCUGAUCGUGUGGGUCGCUCCAGCUCACGGGACGUCCAACAUCAUGGUGUACGUCGCCAUAUGUUCGCUUCUGGGAAGCUUCACCGUCCCGAGCAGCAAAGGACUCGGCCUGGUGGCUCCUGAUGUGUUCGGCGAAGGACAGCCAAACGUCGGCGCCGUGGCUCUCUUCCUUGGCCUGCUGGGGGCGCUGGCGGUCAGCAUACUGAUCCAGUUCUUCUUCAUCAACAAGGCCUUGGAGUGCUUCAGCUCCAACAUAUUUGAAGCGAUAUACUACGUGACGUUCACGUCCACUGUGAUUUUCGCUUCUGCCCUUCUGUUCAAGGAGUGGACGGGACUCACGUUCACCGACGGCCUCGCCAUGCUCUGCGGCCUGACAACGGUGUGUGUGGGAGUGAUACUCCUUCGAAUUUCCCAGGAAGCUGUGAUUACCUGGAAGGAGAAAAAGGAACGGAAAAAGACGGACUGAUUGUGUUACGGUGUUUUUUCGAGGGGGAGGUUUGUUCUGCAGGACACAGACUCUGUUGCUCUGCACUACCUCCCCUUUAAGUGACCAAAGCUGUGAGAUGAAACUCUCAGCCGUGACCUUUGACCACAUAAGUGCGAGGAGGAAAGCAUUGAUUACAUUGUGAGCAUUUUAUCGGAUAGUCGGUGGGAUUUGUCUGGGAACAAAAUGGCGUUCUGUAGUGAUGGGUCCGGCAACCGACGUGUCGGCGGAUGUGUCGAGCCCUUAGACAAAACCCCGUGUUGGUGCGCGUAUUGCUUUCAGCAAGUCACGUGACCGAUACAGUGAACUGUUUUGAACACUGGCGCGCCAAACUGUGUUUAUAAGGAAGCGAAUCUGUCAACGGGAUGCAUUUGCCAAAAGAAUUCUUGAUCUUUUACGGUACAACGUCAACUAUGGAGCCUCGAGGCAAACGAAAGGUAUCGUGGUUUGGGACCAUUUUGAUCUUACGUCAGAAAACAAGCUAUUGGUUAUCACUUCGUUGUAGUUUCAUCCGGUUGUCUUUUCCGUUUCUACUUGAUCUAUCUGAAUCCAAACUCAGCUGAAAUUGACUCUUAGUUUACUUUCAUAUUAUGUUCUGCAGGUUAAGUGUUGCAUAUGUUUGACAGAACUGUUUUAUUUAAAUAAAUCCACCUCCUCAAUGCUGAGGCAUUAUAGGGCCAGGCAUCAGAAUGAAGUCCCAGAUACCCCUGGAUAAACUCAGGUAUAUAGCCAUUCUACAAAUUACUCAGUUUCUUUUUAGAAAUUAUUUCAUAUAAAUGUAUUAUUUACUUAAUUUUUUUCUUACAGCAGGAGAAGCUGUCAAAAAAGCGUAACAGACUACAUUUCAAAAUGUUGGAAAAACUUAUUUUUUUGAAUGAAAAUUUGUGGGAAAUAAAAUCCCAGUCCCCAAGCAUCCUCAUUCCAAACACGUUCACUUAAAUUUUCA